AUGCAUUUGCGGGACAGCGAAGGCGGCGGAACCGCCUACCAAGAAACAGGCCUCGCUGACGGCGCAACAAACGGCUUGACCAACGGCAACAGCACCGUGAACCCCUCUUCAACGAGGACCGUUGUCGUGACAUCGCGGGCCGAGUCCACUACCGCCACCGCCGGUGUAAGCGACUUUAGACACGAGCUCCUCCUCGCAUGGCUGCUCGUCCUCCACCGCAACAAUGACGACGGCCUGAGCAAGGUGAACUGGGGAUUCAGAACGCGGGACGGCCAGGAACCGUCGUCGGCGACACACAACAGCCUGAGCCUGAGCGAGGCGCCGUUCAAGAACAGCGACUCGAUAGCAGAGGCCUUGCAGGUCAUCAAGGAGCUCGGCGAGAGCGGUCUCGAUAGUGAAACGCAGACCAUCCCGGUGAUAUACUUUAACAAUGGAGCGCCCAAAUCUCAGGGCAACUCUGAGAAGGCGCCUUCCAAGAGAUCACAAGACUGGACGUACCAGAUCGAGGCGACGCUCAACGAGAACCAGUUGGUGGUCAAGGCCCAAUGGGACCGCGCCGUCCUCUCCUACCGCCAUGCCAUCUUCCAGCUCGACUCCUUCAUCGAGAUCCUCACCACCAUCCUCGAGAAGCCCUACCGCCAGGUCUCGGACACCAUCGGUCCCACGGCAAAGGACCUUGAGCAGCUCUGGACAUGGAACGCCGAGCUGCCUGAGAACAUGCAAAAGUGCAUGCAGGACAUCAUCUCCGAGGUCGCGGCCAAGGGGCCCGAAAGGCCGGCCGUCGAGUCCUGGGACGGCAACUUGUCCUACGGCGACGUCGACCGCCUCUCCACCCGCCUCGCGCGCCACCUCGUCGCCCGCGGCGUCACCGUCGGCUCCACGGUGCCAAUGUGCUUUGAAAAGUCCCGCUGGACCACCGUCGCCCUCCUGGCCGUCAUGAAGGCCGGCGCCGCCUUCGCCCUCACAGACCCUUCCCAGCCCGAGGCCCGUCUCCGCACCAUCGUCGAGCAGACCGGCGCCACCGUCAUCGUCACUUCCCAGAACCAGAGCGACCUCGGCCGGCGCAUCGCGCCCGAGCAGACUCUCGUCGUCGCCUCGGACGACACCCUCAACAAUGAUACCCUCGAGCUCGCCGCCGAGCUUCCCGUCGUCCCGCCCUCGUCCCCGCUCUACAUCCAGUUCACCUCCGGCAGCACGGGCAAGCCAAAGGGCGUCAUGAUCUCCCACGAAAACUUCACCAGCGGCGCCGUGCCCCGCGGCUGGGAGGUCGGCUACCGCGCCCACUCGCGCUGCUUCGACUUUGCCUCGUACGCCUUUGACGUCAGCAUUGACUGCAUGCUAUGCACGCUCGCCGCCGGCGGCUGUCUCUGCAUCGCCUCCGACGAGGACCGCAUGAACGACCUCAGCGGCGCCAUCCGCAACUCAAAGUGCAACAUGGCGCAUAUGACCCCCUCCGUCGCCCGCGUCCUUGAUGCGGACGUCAUUCCUUCCCUCGAGGUCCUCGGUCUCGGAGGUGAAGCCGUUUCUGCUGGCGAUGCCUCGACGUGGAGCAAGACCACGAGCGUCAUCAUCGCCUACGGACCCUCAGAGUGCACCGUCGGCUGCACAAUCAACGGCAACGUCAGCAGCACCUCCACCAACAUCGGCAAGGGCACCGGCGGCCUCACAUGGAUCGUCGACCCAGACGACCACGAGCGCCUGAUGCCCGUCGGCGCCGUCGGCGAGCUCCUCAUCGAGGGCCCCGUCGUCGGCAUGGGCUACCUCAACGACAAGGCCAAGACGGACGAGGUCUUCAUCGAGGACCCGGCCUGGCUGCUCGCCGGCGGCGGUCCCGCCCGCGGCAGACACGGACGCCUGUACAAGACGGGCGACCUGGUCCGCUACGACCCGGACGGCACGGGCUCCAUCGCCUUUGUCGGCCGCAAGGACCAGCAGGUCAAGCUCCGCGGUCAGCGCAUCGAGCUGGCCGAGGUCGAGCACCACCUCCGGGGCAAGAUGCCCUCGGGCGUCAAGAUCGUCGCGGAAGUCAUCAAACCCGCCGGUAGCGAGCCGACUCUCGUCGCCUUCGUCGUCGAACAGAACCCCGUUGACGGUCCCGCGGACGCCGAGGCCGGGGACGUCACUACCUUCUCUCCCGAGUUCAGCCAGGCCAUCGCCGAGAUCGACAUUGCCCUCGGCGCAGAGAUCCCCCGCUACAUGGUCCCCUCGGCCUACAUCCCCCUCCGCAAGAUGCCCUCCCUGGUCUCAGGCAAGAUCGACCGCAAGCGCCUGCGCGAGCUCGGAGGCUCCAUGUCGCGCGAACAAGUCGCCCGCUUGCGCGUUGCACCCACCGAGAAAUCGGACCCCGAGACGGAGAUGGAGAAGACGCUGCAACAGGUGUGGAUCAAGAUCUUGGGCGGCGAGACCGCCAUCGGUCUGCACGACAGCUUCUUCGCCCUCGGCGGUGACUCCCUCCGCGCGAUGAAGCUCGUCGCCGCCGCUAGGGAGGACGGCAUCGCCCUGACGGUCGCCACCAUCUUCAACUUCCCCACGCUCAAGGCCAUGGCCGAGAACGCGACCAAGGUGUCCAAGGAAGACGAGGCCGCCGUCGCGCCCUUCUCCCUCCUCGAGGAAGGAUGGACCCCCGAGGAGGCCCGCGCCGAGUCCGCCAAGCUCUGUGACAUCGACGAGUCCGCCAUUGAGGACAUUUACCCCUGCACGCCCCUUCAGGAGGGUCUCAUGGCUCUGUCGGCCAAGGUCACCUCGGCCUACGUCGCUCAGAGAGUCGUCGACCUCGCGGACGCGGCAACGGCAGACAAGCUCCGCAACGCCUUCGACGUCGCCGCCGCAGAUUGCGCCAUCCUCCGCACGAGAGUCGUCCAGGUACCCGGCCGCGGCCUCGCCCAGGUCGUCGUCAAGGAAGACAUUGCCUGGCACAUUGGCGACGACCUCCAGGGCUACCUCGUCAAGGACCGCGAGGAAGGAAUGGAUCUCGGCAGACCCCUCGUCCGCUACGCCCUCGUCACGGACAAUGCGUCGGGCAAGGUGCAGUUCGUGCUGACGAUGCACCACGCCCUGUAUGACGGCUGGUGCAUGCCUCUCAUCGUCGACAAGGUCAACAAGGCCUUUGACGGAGAAAGAGCCCAGCGCCCUGCCGAGUUCAAGGACUUCAUCAAGUACCUCGGCAGCAUGGACCGAGGCGCCGCCGAGACGUACUGGCGCGAACAGCUCCAGGGCGCCGCUGCCACCACCCAGUUCCCCCCGCUGCCGUACGAGGGCUACCAGACGCAGGCCGAUUCUCUCUUGGAAGUCUACGUGCCCCUGAGCGGCAGACCUGCGUCCAACACCACCGUCGCUACCGUGAUCCGCGGUGCCUGGGCCUAUGUGGCAUCCCACUAUGCCUCCUCCAACGACGUCGUCUUUGGCGAGACUCUCACCGGUCGUAACGCGCCCAUCAGAGGUUCCGACGAAAUCGAGGGCCCCAUGAUCACGACCGUCCCCUUCCGCACCCAGGUGAACGCCGACACGCUCGUCAUCGACUACCUCCAAGAAAUCCAGGACCAGACCAUCCAACAGAUCCCCUACGAGCACACCGGUUUGCAGCACAUUCGUCGUCUCAGCCCGGAUGCCCUCGAGGCCUGCGAGCUGAGGACCGGUCUCGUCCUGCACCCGAGCGCCGACGACUUUGACCAGGAAGAGUUCAACAAGUACCCCGCCAACCGUCUGGUGCCCGCCGGCGACGCGGAGGCCGCGGAGGAAGCCCUCAAGUUCAACACCUACGCCCUCAUGCUAGUCUGCUCGACGGACCCCAAGGGCUUCUUGGUGAUGGCCUCGUUCGACUCAAAGACUGUUCAGAAGCCCCUCAUGGAGAAGGCACUCGCCCAGUUCUCUCAGGUGGCGCAGAAGCUUUGCCAGCUUACCGAUACGCCACUUGGCGACGUCGCGUACCUGACUGAGGAGGACAAGACCGAGGUGGCUCGCUUGAGCACCGAGAGCGCCAAGAGCGUUCAGCAGGAGUACCCGGAGGCCGAGGCGGUUUACAUCGUCCACCCGACCGACUCUGCGCUUCUGGCCCCUCUUGGAGUUGUUGGUGAACUGGUCGUUGUCAGCAAGUCCGACUUGUCUCUCUCCACGCUAGAGAACCCCUCGUGGGCUGAGAACAAGGACGCUGGCAAGUUCUACAAGACGGAGCGCCUCGCCAAGUUCAACGCGGAUGGAUCUGUUGAGAUCGCCGGCAAGACGAGCGAUCUGGUCCAAAAGGCCAGCACUGCCGCCAAGGCGCCUACUAAGCGCAUCUCUGCCACGUCCGCCAAGCAGCGUCGUCUGCGAACUCUCUGGAGCCGUGUACUCAGGCUCCCCGAGAGUGACAUUGGACUCAACGACAGCUUCUUCCGUCUUGGUGGAGAUUCCAUCGGUGCUAUGAAGCUCGUCUCCGAGGCCCGCUUGGCUGGCCUCACACUUACCGUCAACCAGGUCUUCACGAAGAGGACGCUGUACGACAUGGCCAGCGUCCUGCAGGACUCUGAACCCACGUCAGACUCCCAAGAGGCCUUGAAGGCUCUCGUUCCCUUUGAGCUGGUCGAGAACCUUGGCGAUGCCCCGGCAGAAACUCUCCGCCCCCUGUUGGCUGACCCGACAUGGAAGAUUGUCGACGCCUUCCCCGCAAGACCGUUGCAGGAGGUCGCCGUCAAGGGCACGAUUGAGAUCCCUCGCUUCUCUGCCCGUUACGAGGCCAUGUACUUUGAGAGCGACGUCGACCGCCCCCGUCUCUUCCAGAGCUGUCAAGAGCUCGUCUCUCUUAACGAGGUGCUGCGAUCAGUCUUUGUCAAGCACAACGGCGCUUGCUUGAGCGUCAUCCUUGAAGACGUCAAGACCCCCGUCGUAGAGUACGAGAUCGACAGCGACGUCGAGACCUUUGUCAAGGACCUCUGCAACCUCGACGUCCAGACCCGGAUGCCGCUUGGCUCCAUCUUUGUCAAGUGGUUCUUCGUCCACAGCAGCAACGGCCAGUCCGCCCUGGUGUUCCGCGUCUCGCAUGCCCAGUACGACGAGAUCUGCUUGCCCAUCAUGCUGCACCAGCUGUCGGCCCUGCACGAGGGCAAGCCCGUUCCCAAGGCUCUCCCCUUUUCCUCCUUCGUCGGCCACGUUGUCAAGUCCAACAUCCCCCAGAGCGUCGACUACUGGAAUGAGCUUCUGCAAGGAUCCUCCGUCAAUGUCUUGAAGCCUGAUACUCCGGUGACGGAGAGACAGCACUACGCCAUCGACAGGACCUUUGACAUCUCAACCCGCUCCAAGGACGUUACCAUCGCCACCCUCCCCACCGCAGCCUGGGCCCUGACCCUCGCCCGCCUGCAGAGCACGCGCGACGUCACCUUUGGCGAAGUCGUCAGCGGCCGCAACAUCGACUUCCCCAACGCCGACAUGGUCGUCGGCCCCUGCUGGCAAUACGUCCCCGUGCGCGUCAAGUUCGAGGACGACUGGACGGUCCUCGACCUCCUCAACCUCGUGCAGAACCAGCACAUUGCCAGCUCGGCGCACGAGGGCAUCGGUCUGCCCGAGAUUGCCAAGCUGUGCACCGAUUGGCCCGCCUCGGUGGACUGGUUUGACACGGUGGUGCACCAGGACGUCGAGCACGUCGAGAGCCUUGGGUUCGAGACGGCGAGCAGUCGCAUGGAGACGAUUUACCCGCAGCAGGAGCCGCUUCGCGAGUGGAAGAUCCAGGCGUUCCCCCAGGGUGAUAAGUUGACGAUUGAAAUUGUCACGUUUGAGUCGUGGAAGGGCCAUGCUGCGGAGUUGCUUGAUAAGAUUGAGGAGACGUUCAAGAUUCUGCUUGGGAACCCCAGGUCGCUUUUGUUUGAGCAGCAGUAA